GAAUCCUGCUCUCCCUCCGGGGAUGUCCCCGAGCCCCGGCGCUCCGCCUUUGAGCCGGCCGGGAGCGGCCAGGAGAAGCUGGACUUCAACAGGAACCUGAAGGAAGUGAUGCCAACCAUCGAGAAGCUGCUGGCCAGUGACUGGAAGGAGCGGCUGCUGGGCCGGAACGCGGCUGAAUCCAAGGAAGUGAAAGGAACGCAGGAGAGCCUGGCGGAGAAGGAGCUGCAGCUGCUGGUGAUGAUCAACCAGCUGUCCACGCUGCGGGACCAGCUGCUGACGGCGCACUCGGAGCAGAAGAACAUGGCCACCAUGCUCUUCGAGAAGCAGCAGCAGCAGAUGGAGCUGGCACGGCAGCAGCAGGAGCAGAUCGCCAAGCAGCAGCAGCAGCUCAUCCAGCAGCAGCACAAGAUCAACCUCCUCCAGCAGCAGAUCCAGGAGCCCGUCGGGAUCGACUCCUCCCCGGUGAAGGAGCGGAUGGAGGAGACCCCCGGCCACCGGCUGGACGAGGCUCUGCUGAGCUGUGAGAUGGACGGCUCCCGGCACUUCCCGGAGUCCAGGAACAACAACCACAUCAAGCGGCCCAUGAACGCCUUCAUGGUGUGGGCCAAGGACGAGCGCAGGAAGAUCCUGCAGGCCUUCCCAGACAUGCACAACUCCAGCAUCAGCAAGAUCCUGGGAUCCCGCUGGAAAUCCAUGUCCAACCAGGAGAAGCAGCCCUACUACGAGGAGCAGGCACGGCUGAGCCGGCAGCACCUGGAGAAGUACCCGGACUACAAAUACAAACCGCGGCCCAAGCGCACCUGCAUCGUGGAGGGCAAGCGGCUGCGCGUGGGCGAGUACAAGGCGCUGAUGAGGAACCGGCGCCAGGACGCCAGGCAGGGCUACUUGAUAGGGACGGCGACGCCGGGGACGAUGGGCACUCGGUGCCCGAGGGGGACAUGUACCGCUACAGCGAGGACGAGGACUCGGAGGGCGAGGACAAGAGCGACGGCGAGCUGGUGGUGCUGACGGACUGAGGGGACACAGGGGGACAGUGGCAGGGCUGGCUGACACCUCUGGGUGUGUCCUGGUGUGGUGCCACGUGCCCACACGGAGCUGCCCACCUGGGAUUUUGGGUGGCAAGGACUGGCUUGGCCUUGCUUUGGUGGCACGUGGAGCCGAGGCCAGCGAGCCUGGAGAUCUGGUGACACUGUGGCUGCUGCGCUGUCACCCCUGAGGGGACCUGAGGCUCUCGGGCUGUAGGGAACCCCCAGAGCAUCUCCAGCCCUGCAGCACCUGUGGGUCAUGGAGAGCCUCACCUGCUGCACUGCUGGGCACGGGAUGGGGACACAGAAUGGGGACAGAGAAUGGGGACACAGGACAGGGACACGGGACAGGGACACAGGAAGGCACACGGGAUGGGGACACAAGACAGGGACACAGGACAGGGACAUGGGAUGGUGAUACAAGACAGGGACACAGGACAGGGACACAGGACGGGGACACAGGACAGGCACACGGGAUGGAGACACAGGACAGGGACAUGGGAUGGGGACACAGGACAGGGACACGCUGGUCCCUCCUCUAUCCUGGUGUGACCUCCCCUCCGCGUUUCCCGCUCGCUCUUUGGCUCCUGCCAGCGAAUUCCCACCGAGCCAAUUUUAGCUCCAGCCUGGCCCCAGCUCCAGCCAAAGGCUCCUCAGGGCUCUUUGUGCUGCCGGCAGCUCUGGCCCAGUUUGGGAAUAAAGCAGGGGCUGUUCCUGCCCUGCCAGCCCUCCCUCGGGGGGGACGUGCCCGCCUGUGCUCGGGCACCUGGCACUGCAGCCUGGGCUGCACCUGAGCCCUGAGGGGUGAGAGGGAGGGACAAGGAACGGCUGUGAGCGGAAAGGAGUGAUGAGAAAAAAUGAGCUUGGUGUGGUCAGAGCCUGCUCCGGGGGCUGGGGUGUGGCUGGGCAGGGGGGUGUCCAGGUGAGAGUUGGAGGUGUCCAGGUCCAGGUGAGUGGCA